CCCAAUGUCCUUCGCCGCCGCUCCGCGCUUGCGCAGUGCGGCCCGGGGGCGGCCGGGGUCAGGACGGCGGGGUCCUUGCGGGAGGACCGGACAUGGCUGCGCUGCGCUUGGUGUCCCGGGCUGCCCGCCCAGGCCCUACAGCCCCUCUGGGCUACCUGCGCCUGCUCGGGACCACCCCCCCUAGGAGCUGCUACAAGUACGUCAACAUCCAGGAGCCAGCCAUGGACAUGCGCUCCAUCACCGACCGCGCGGCACAGACCCUGCUCUGGACCGAGCUCAUCCGAGGCCUGUCCAUGACCCUGAGUUACCUGUUCCGGGAGCCAGCCACCAUCAACUACCCCUUUGAGAAGGGCCCCCUGAGCCCCCGCUUCCGGGGGGAGCACGCUCUGCGCCGCUACCCCUCCGGGGAGGAGAGGUGCAUCGCCUGCAAGCUCUGCGAGGCCAUCUGCCCGGCACAGGCCAUCACCAUCGAGGCCGAGCCCCGCGCUGACGGCAGCCGCCGCACCACCCGCUACGACAUUGACAUGACCAAGUGCAUCUACUGCGGGUUCUGCCAGGAGGCCUGUCCUGUGGAUGCCAUCGUGGAGGGUCCCAACUUCGAGUUCUCCACGGAGACCCACGAGGAGCUGCUCUACAACAAGGAGAAGCUGCUCAACAACGGCGACAAGUGGGAGGCCGAGAUCGCUGCCAACAUCCAGGCUGAUUAUCUGUACCGGUGACAUCCGGGCCUCCCUGCUCCCCAAUAAAGGGUCUGGGGGGGGAUCUGCCACCCCCCCACCCCCAGCACUGGGGCCACCAGCCCCUUCCUAACCCAGA